AUGAUGAAUGAUAGUCCAUUGACUGAAGAUGAAAUCAUAGAACAAAGACGAAAAAGACGAUUGGAGAUUUCGAAAAAACAUCAAGCUGAAGGUUCCAAGCCUACACCGUCGCAAGCUUCGACAACGGAUCAUCUUGCUUCAAAAAUAACAAAAUCGAUCUCUAAAACAGAUGCGGCAAAGCUAGAAAAUGAACAGCCUUCAUUGGAUAACCAGCACUCUAAUGGGGAGAACGACUCGAUUUUAGCAAAACCAGAUUCAAACGAGCCAUUUUCUGAAAAGGCCUCCAUGGAAGACGAUGAGGAUGAGGAAGACGACAUGUUUGCAGACAGUCCACUUCCCACUCAUAAGAAACGGAAAACGGACAAAAAACCGUCUACCGUUAAAAGGAGUCUUGCUGGAAUGCAAGACACCUGGGAUGACGUUGAAGGAUAUUACAAGGUAAUACUUAUGGAAGAACUUGAUUCACGGUAUCUCAUCCAGUCCAAUCUUGGCAAAGGUAUGUUUUCUAGCGUGGUCAAUGUAAUGGACCAAAUGACAAAAGCGUCGUUUGCAAUCAAAAUUAUUAGAAACAACGAAGUAAUGUACAAGGCUGGCAUGAAAGAGGUGUCUAUUUUGGAACGUCUUCAGGCUGCAGAUCCUGAAGGGAGGAGGCACAUAGUUCGGUACGAUCGGUAUUUUAUGCACAAAAAUCAUUUAUGUAUGGUAUUUGAAAUGCUUAGUUUAAAUCUUCGUGAUAUUUUGAAAAAAUUUGGGAGAAAUGUCGGAUUAAACAUUAAGGCGAUUCAAGUGUAUGCUUAUCAAAUGUUCACAGCCCUUCAUCUCUUGGAGGAAUGUAACGUUAUCCAUGCUGACAUCAAGCCGGAUAAUAUGCUUGUGAAUGAAAAGAGAAACAUUUUGAAAAUAUGCGAUCUUGGAUCUGCUUCUGAUGCUGCUGAAAACGAGAUAACACCAUACCUUGUGAGUCGCUUCUACCGAGCGCCAGAAAUCAGUAAGUCACUUACUUUGUUUUAA